CCACCUCGUGUGCGGGCUUGCGCGGAGCUCCACUGCGCCGCAGUCGUCGUGGCCAUUCACUGUCACGUUUGCGCUGCAUCGAAGCUCUUCCCCGGGUGUUGCCGUCAAAGCUGUUCUAACAUGGUCGCGGCGAUUUCGUCGGCUGUGAUGUGAACCGUGGAUCGCUUCAAGUGUUCGUGCCAAGUUUACGGAUUGUGUAUACUUUGCAGCCUCGUAUUUCAGGAACAACUUGCCGUCACUGACGCAGUUCGGCAGGUUAAUUAUUUGUGCUCUUUCUGAACUGUCGAGGAACUUGGAGCUGCCCAAGUUUUCUUCUCUUGACCUUUUUGAUAAGACGGACGCUCGCCGUCGCCCCAGGACAACAGCCUCGACAGGCUGCACCUGUUUGUCGCUUGGCGAUAUAAAGUCGCUGAGAAAGAUGUAUCGGUGCAUCUAGGGAACUUGAAGAUGGUCUACACGAUUGUGCGUCGCAUACCUCGCCAGGAUUUCCAAUUGCUUUCUCCAAGAGCGCAGAUAUGCUCAUCAACUUGAGUACAUCCAGACUCGCGCAUUGAGGCAAAAUGUUAGCUUAAACUUGAUUGUUCGAGCCUCAUCACGCACUCAGGCUGUUCAUCUUCCAGGCCCCGCGCGAUCUUGCAUGGCUUUGUUCGCUUUCAAAGUGUAACUAGUGCAGUACGCCGAAUAAUUUAGGAAAGUAUCCCCUGUAGUGUCUGUCGUCUGCGGUUCCAUAUUUGUUGGGGAGACGAGGUCAAUUUACAUAUACUGUGAUGCCAUAGAUUGUUUAGUACGGUAUGUAAUUUUCUGACUGCCCGUCUUGCCAUCUUCCGAGUUUGCGUGUUCAUAUCAAUGACAGACGACCGAGCUUUCCUCAAAGAUAUAUUGCCUUUUCAGAGUCUUGGCGCUUUGCAGACACAGCAAACCCAAGCCAUUGAAAAGGUUGGUUUUGUCUCAGUAGUGCUGCUGUGCGGUGCGCAGCGUAAGCCCUGCCGUGGUGUGUUCACACCUUCCUCCUGUGCAUCGUCUGCGAGAAAGGAACGUUCGCAGAGUUGCAUUGUGCGCUCUCCGUGCGCUUUUGAGAAAUGUCGGAGCGGAAGCUUAGACUUGGGCAUGCAGGAAGUAGCUGCGCCUGAACUCCUCAAGCCACAACGUAUUCAGUGCUUGGUCCUGAAUUGCAUGCAAAGUUGUCAUAAGCGACACGUUGCCUCAAAAUACAUUAUGACGCCUUUAUUGCACGAAGUCGUCUGUACUCCCUGUCUCUGAAAGGAACGUUGCCGGGUGACUUGCCCUUCAACACUGGAUUUGUUGCACGAAAGAUGUGAACUGUUGUGCUUCAUUUUGAUAUCCAGCAUAGUAGCGGCCACAUUCAUUACCCGCAAUUUUCUUGGGCAUUGCAUCUGCUUGCUGCAGUGUUUUUUGGACAUCUUAGGUUGUACUAUUGCGGUCACACGUAGAUUUUCGUGGAGUGUUUCAAGCGACGUUUCUUACAAGCCUUCACGUAACGGCCGUGGUCAAGUGUGUCUGCCUUGCGCUGCCUUACGUCCUUUGCACGUUAGAAUCGCGGUUUUGCCCACCUUUAUGGGAGCUGGUGGUCAUUACUGUUGGACAGGUUCCCUCGUGGCGGUGCGCUGCGUUUUCUCUUCGCGAGCGCGUUUCUUUCUGAGAGUAGAUUGCGUUCCUACUGUGACCUGACUCCUGCAGGGCGAAUUAUGCAGCAGGGUAAACUUAGGUCUUGUGCAGCCUUUGAAAUCUCGCUACGUGUAAAAUCAUCUCUCUUCCUUUGCACCAGGUAAUUUCAUCGAGUUUCACAAAUACAGCUGUUUAUUUAUUUAUUAAUGGUAUUAUUUUUCAGCCGCAAGUGCCCAAAAGCCGUGGUCCCAGUGUUUAGUGACAUUCAUUGCGUCACAUAGAGCAGGAAGGAGGUUGUGGAGUUUGAACUACGUAGGGUUUCACGUAGUUCAAACUUUUUGCUUGUGAAUACUGCUGUGUGCGCACCUAGACGUAACUUCCUGGUGUGCUCUAUCGAGACCGCUUUCGAAGCAUCUGUAUCUCAGUGAGGGCGGUCAUGAAGCGUGAAGGGGUUUCUCAGCUAAGGAACUACGCUUGCCUGUCUUGAAAGCUCAUUGAGGAACAGCUGUUUUCUGUCCCGAUGUUUUAUCGUCUACUCCGGAUGAACUCGUCCGUUCCCUUAGGAAUAGCAUUCUGGUAAUCCCUCGCACUGUUCGUAGGCAGGUUGCCGAAACUGUCUCUCGGCAUCGUCGUUGCCUGCACGAAGCGCACCGCUUGGUGGAUUUAGGUGGGCGUUCAACCGUCAGCUUAGGUACAGUUGUCUGGCUCUGGCGGUUUUGUUACCGCCAAACUGUGGAGCGCCGAAAUGUGUCAGCAUGCGUCCAUCGAAAUUUGCGCGCUCAUUACUUGCCCCUUGAUUCGUAAGCACGGGCAGUACGCAGUUUACUCAUCCGCUUAUAAUUAUUAAGCACUUUGCGAGUGUAAAUUUGCGGACAAACCGUCGAGCGGCAGUACAGGAUCCACAAGGCAGUACCGUUGCUCUUUUUUUUUAUCGCCGACGAAACGACGUGACAGUCCGCCCGAGCUGGUGGGCGAGCCGCUGAAGCCGUCGCACCUACCGUGUUCAUGACUUAACAAUUGUUCGGUGACGUGUUCGCGCUGGCGUUCCAACCCCCGUGAUACAAGUAGUCUUCCUCAUUGCGCGGGGAGAGCCGCCUACGGAACGCAAGACCGUGACGAGAGACGGUGCCAUGCGUCGGUGUAACGGCGACGGGGGAUGCUCCGGCUGCAGAGAGCCUUCCUCAUCGUCGAACGUCAGCCCGACCCACGCGCCGUCCAGUGCAGACCGCAGCCCAGCAUGGCGGCUGUCCGCAGGCGGUAGCCGCGUCGGCUGGCGUUGGUACGUGACCGUGUGCGCACUGUCCUGGCUGUGCUACGUAAACGCGCUCAGCUGCGGAUUCGUCUUCGACGACGCAUCGGCUGUGCGGGACAACCGGGACCUUCGGCCGUCGACGCCCAUUGGCAGCCUGUUUGCGAACGAUUUCUGGGGAACACCGAUUCACAAGGAGCAGAGCCACAAGUCCUACCGGCCGCUCUGCGUGCUCACCUUCCGGCUCAACUACUGGCUGCACGAGCUGCGCCCCAUGGGAUACCACGUGGGCAACGUGCUUCUCCACUCGCUCGUCUGCGUGCUCUUCCUCAGGGUCUGCUCCAUGGUGGUCCCCGCCAGGGCCAGUGUCGCCGCUGCUCUGCUCUUCGCCGUUCACCCGGUGCACACCGAAGCGGUGACUGGCGUGGUUGGCCGAGCGGAGUCCCUCUCGUCUGUUUUCUUCCUGCUCGCCUUCCUGGCCUACAACAGAGCCAUCGACAGCUCCAAACGCACUGAGUGGCGCCCUCUUGCGGCGUGCGUGGCCCUCGUGGUGGUGGCGACGCUCUGCAAGGAGCAAGGCAUCACCGUGGUCGCCGUCUGCUUCACCUACGAGAUAUUCGUCGUUCAGGAGAUUCGUCCCCACCACGUGAUUCGGGGCCUGCGUUCCCUGUCCGGGAGCCCAGUAUGCGUUUCUCCGUCGUCGACCACGUUGGCCUCUUCGUCUGUAGCGCCGCCUUGCGGCUGGCUGUGGGAUUGCACGCAGCGUAUCGGCGCGCUCUCCCUCGGCGCACUCCUGCUCCUGGCCGUCAGGCUGCACAUCAUGGGCGCUCAGCUGCCCGUGUUCACCAAGUUCGACAACCCAGCGGCCGUGGCGCCCAGCCCCGUGCGACAGCUGACAUUCCACUACCUGCCGGCAGUGAACACGUGGUUGCUGCUGUUUCCUCACGCACUCUGCUGCGACUGGACGAUGGGCAGCGUGCCACUGGUGUGCUCCAUGGCUGACCCGCGGAACGCGGCCACGCUAUCACUGUAUGCGGCGCUGGCUACGCUGGCCUACGUGGCACUCUUCUCUUCCUCCUCCGGCCGCCGCAGGCUCCCCGCCACGGAUGACCAGAAGAAUGCCAUCUUCCUGAGCCUCUCCCUGCUGGUGUUUCCCUUCCUGCCGGCGUCCAACCUGUUCUUUCCUGUGGGCUUCGUGGUGGCUGAGCGGGUCCUGUACAUGCCCAGCAUGGGCUUCUGCCUCCUCGUCGCACAUGGCUGGCACACGCUGAUCAAGAACUACGCCGACAGUCGGCUGACCAAGAACUUCUUGUGGUUCGGGCUCCUCCUCCUGCUCGUGACGCACUCCUUGAAGACAUUUGUGCGCAACUUUGAAUGGGAGUCCGAGUACAGCAUCUUCAUGGCAGGUCUCAAGGUCAACAGCCAGAAUGCCAAGCUGUACAACAACGUGGGCCACGCACUGGAGGGACAGGGGGAUUAUGCCCGAGCGCUCGAGUACUUCCUCAAAGCUGCCAGUGUGCAGCCUGAUGACAUUGGUGCUCACAUGAACGUCGGACGCACGUACAACAACCUGCUGAUGUUUGAAGAAGCGGAGACUGCCUUUAGGAAGGCCAAGGAUUUGCUGCCUCGACCAAAGCCAGGCGAGCCAUACAAGGCACGAAUAGCUCCGAAUCAUCUGAAUGUAUUCCUGAAUUUAGCCAACCUCAUAUCAAGAAAUAGUUCACGUCUUGAAGAAGCCGAUGCUUUGUACCGCCAGGCAAUCAGCAUGCGUGUGGAUUACAUCCAAGCAUACAUAAACCGGGGAGAUAUCCUUAUCAAACUCAACAGGACCAAAGAAGCACAGGAGGUCUACGAGCGAGCACUUUCACUGGACGCCAGCAACCCCGACAUCUUCUACAAUCUUGGCGUUGUGUUCCUGGAGCAAGGCCGGCCAGGCGAUGCCCUCGUGUACUUCAACAAGGCCUUGGAGUUGGAUCCCGAUCACGAGCAAGCGCUGAUGAAUUCUGCCAUUCUUAUUCAAGAAAGUGGGAACUCAAAGCUCCGUCAGCUGGCAUUUGAAAGACUGGAGCUGUUGCUUCGCAAGGGUAAGACGAAUGAGCGUGUCUACUUCAACCUUGGCAUGCUCUCCAUGGACGACAAAAAGAUGGAAGAAGCAGAACGAUGGUUUCACUCUGCCAUACAAGUCAAGGCCGACUUCCGUAGUGCCUUGUUCAACCUGGCCCUGCUUUUAACUGAUUCAAACAGGCCACUGGAGGCUGUUCCACACCUUCAAAAACUUCUUGAGUCCCACCCAGAUCACAUUAAAGGACUCAUCUUGCUGGGUGACAUCUACAUCAACCACAUAAAGGAUCUGGACAAAGCACAACAGUGCUACGAACGCAUCCUGUCCCUGCAACCGGACCAUGUCCAGGCGCUGCACAACCUGUGCGUGGUGCAAGUGGAGAGGGGUGCACUGUACCAGGCUGAGGCCUGCCUCCUGCGAGCACUGAAGCUUGCACCGGGAGAGAGCUACGUUGCCAAGCAUUUGGCCAUCGUGCGCAAUCGCAUACGCAAGUAUCAAGAGCAUUUGAGGAAAGCAGGGACGCCAGUGCAUUCCGCAUCCUCCAGUGAGCCACCCAUGACGUCAUCAUCUUCGAAGCAUGCAGCACAGAGUACCAGCAAAGCAACAUGAAACCCAUGAGCAGCGUUGUUUGUGCCAAAUGUCAGUGCAACUGCGUACAGAAAGCUGUUUUUACAGGAGCCGGCAGAUGAACUGUCAAAUUUGGUGCAUUCUUUGUAUUGUGGUAGUGGAGGUGCAGAUGUUUGUUCCAUGGCAUUUUAUUGCAUAUACGAAAUGUGUAAAUUGAAGCGCCAGGUAUGCAUGCUGAAGCAAAACCCGACAUGUGCUUUGUUUGGCCAUUUGGGUGAGUUUGUGCAGCUGAGUUUCAUAAUGCCAUUUUAUUUUGGCACAAAACCCAAGGAGUGCACCUGAACAUAGUGUGAGGCUACAUGUAUUGUGAAAAGCCACAUUUCUACAAAAUGUGAGUGCAAAUUAGGCAGUUAGAAGAAUCAUGUAUACCUAAUACUUCUGUUUACUGUAGUCACGAACAAACCAUAAGUCCUCCAUUUAUAUAUGUGGCAAUGGCAUAAUUGACUUGGAAUGGCACUAGCCAUGAUUAGCACCUACAAGGGCUGCUUGGCCUUAUAAAAUGGUUCAGAAUCGCGUGUGCCUGACAUGUAUUUAGCCAUUGCAGAAAUGUUGGCCUGACCAAACUGUAUGUAGCAGAAGUGAUUAGUAUAUGUGAGACAUUGUUAUGGCAGGAAAAUAAGAUGGCAGUGGCUGUUGUGGUUUGAAGGUGAGAAAUAUGCAUGAAGCUGAGGCUCUGGUGAUGGCCUUCAUGUUGGCUAUGAGGUAACAUAGUGAAAGAAGAGCUCUGGGAAAUCCAUCCACGCCUUCAUGUUGUUUGUAUAUAGUUCUUUAUUGUAAUGAGAGACACACCAUACACUAUACUUUUUUGUUUUUGUAAGUUAACCGACCUGUUUCAGUAUAACAACUUGCACAAUACACAUAUAUAUCAAUGUUAGCAAGAGCAGUUAGAACAUAUCAGUGGGAAACUUAUGAGGUAACUUAUGGUUUCACAGAUUAUUGUGCAUGAUCAUGAUAAGUGAAGAGAGGAGUGAAAAUAGUGAAAUGGGGAAAUAUGAAGCACAGACAGUGCCUGUCGACAAGGCAGGCACUUUGGUUUGUCUUGUACAGUGUAAAAUAUCCAUGAAUUAUGGCAGCUAAGCUAUGCGCAUUAUAUUUUUGAGAAGUCGCCAUGUACACCACACAUGUGCUGCAGGAGAUGAAAUGUGUAGGCACAAUGUAAAGCAAGUCCUAUCUACACAUUUGCAGCUUGUUAGUAGCAUAAUGUACAUACAUGUUCAAAGAGAGACUUUUGCGCCGUACCAUAGGAUUGUUUGUGACCACAGUUGCCACUGUACAGAGACUGUGCAGCUAGCUUCUCUUUAGAACAUGCAAGUAAAAAGCUGACUCUAGAUGCAUGUACUUGAAGAGAUGUAUUUAUGCACAUGUAGAAGUGUUCGCUGUGUCAGGAGUCUAGAGUAAUUCAGCGAAAUGAAAUAAACUGCUUCUGCUAGCAGUGUCUACACUUGGGACCACAUUGCAGCUGACUUGCUGUGGAAGUUUGUAACAGUUUAUAUAUGGUGGCAUUGUGCUGUCAAAAAUUAAUUGGGGAUUGUUAUUUAGCAAAUUUAUUUCUUAGUGCAGGAACUGAGAUUUUCUCCAGUUCUAUUUUUGUUGAAGUUGGCUGCCUAGCAUGACAUAUCACUCACAGCAAUUUCCUUUCUUUGCAGAACUUGAGAAUUAUAUCAGUACCAAGUUUACCAUAUCAUUUCUUAACCUUGCAUCCACACAUCAGGAAUAGCCACAAUGAACUUUUCAAAUUUCUCUAAAGAAUAGAUUAUGUGGAAAGGUCGAUCUCUCUUUCCCAUAGUUAUUUUUUAUUACUUUAGUGCUCGGAUAUCAAUUUUGUACAUACACUGUGCGUUCUCUGCAUCUUUCUCACUGGAUAUUUUAGGCUUUACUUCACAUAGUUUCCAGCUUUUAUUUUACAUACGCAACUCACAGUGAUUGCACAGUUACUGAUAUGACUUGCUUAACAGGUAGGCUUUGUCUCUAUUGUUUAAUAUGUGAAAAACAUAUUGUAGAUGAUUUCAUGCUGUUUGAACUAUUUUAACACGAUAGCGUUAAAGGCACCGUGUGGCACAAAAUCGGGUGUUGGCGCCGGCAGCGAUGUCCGUAUGAAAAAAAUCAUCCCGAACCACGCAUCCCAAUCCAUGCAGGCUCUCUGCGUGGCGCAUGGGCGUUACUGAACUAAUUGAAUUUCUCAAAAUAAAAUGCGUCAGAAAAUUUAUAAAGUACAACUUAUGCAAAACCUACAGACAUGACAGCAUCAGAUUGUAAUUUGAAUAUACAAGAAAACAUGAUUCUGCUACAUGGGAUCUCAAACUCAAACCCCCUUUCCAGUUGCCGUUUGAGGUAUAACUUAGCAGGAGCAGCAUGCCCCGCUCGAUUCCUUGCAACACCAUCCAGAUGGCCUCUGCGGCAGCAUCCACCGUAGGCGGGAAAACAUAAGAAAAGAAGAAACAGAAAGCUCGCCUUUGUUUUGCCACCACUGUUUCCAGGAAAACACUACGCUUAUAUAGUUACCCAGAAGCGUGAGAAGCAGUCAGGGAUGUUUGAGUGCCACUGCGUUGCACUCGUAAAGGCGAAGCUUAAGUGUCCUCCAAAAUUUUUUAUGAGAUAGUGUCCUGCACCUUUUUCAGUAUACAUUUUCAAUGUGAACAAAAAUUGAAGUAUACAUGUUACAAGAAAAGCAGGCAGAUCAGACCCAGUAUGGUUAUUCUUGUGCUGCUCUUGCACCUUUGGUAUGCAGGAAAAAAGUUGAGGCUAGAUGUGGAUGGUGCAGAGCGUUCCUCUCCUUCGUCUUCAUUAAAUUUUUGUGACAUUUAGGUUCCUAACAGUAAAUUCUACAUUUGUUUGGAACUGCAUUUUCUACUGAGUACAGUUAUCUAUAAAAAAUGUGUUUUAGCUACUCAUAGCUGGACCUUUGCUGUGGAAACUAUAAUCCAGAAUAAACGCCAUGUCUUUGUCUAAGAAGCAGUGAGGGAGCUACUGAAGACAGUUGCCUGUUGGGUUGAAGCGGAGUGAGUGGUACUUCAGUGUUGUAUGAUACAAAAAAUGUUGAUGCGUUUUUCUUGUAGCUUCAACAUUCCAUGCAGAAGCAGUGCAAUUUCCUUGAGUAUUAUGCAUGAACGUAAUUUUGUCUGCUGCCGGUACAUUUAGCAGAAUGAAUCAUGUUCUGUUGUGCUGUGUUUUGGCUGCUCGCUUUCUUAAGCUUACUACGUUUACAUGUGAUAUGUACUCCUGCCCAUAAAUUUGUUUCGAAUAUGACAAGGCUAACUACUUUUCACUGUAGUUUAUUUGGUUAUUGAAGAGUUGUAAAAUAUAAGUGCCUCAAAAAUUUUUAAUCACUGAUAUUCAGCAAUUUCUAUAAAAUACUUGAGAUCUGAAAUCGAAAUUCCAGUUCAAGGAGUUGGGAGAAAUUAUAAUUCUCUCUCAAAUGCAGCACAUUUCAUUCAAAUUGAUUCAGGGGUUGUCUGAUGAGAGCACUUGUGCUUUUCACAUAUAUUCGAGAAGGAAAUCAAAGUCACUCGUGAGAUAAAGCUUCUAUUUAAGACGUGCACUGCAUAGGAUUCAUGUACAAGUGCAAAAUCCUUAGUGGCAGGCUUAUUAGGUGGCAAGACAUCUUUGCACUUCUCCCAGUCCCUAAGCUUUUGUGGACAGGUCUUACAAGUGGGAGGCAGGUCUAGAAUACUAGCUACCAGAUGCAUAUGGCAUGUAAAGGACUUGUUUCUAGCAUGCCCACAUAUUCUGCAAAUAACAGUUCAUAUUCGUUGCAUAUGCAUGAAGAUUUAUUGGGACAACACCGUGUAAUGCACCUGUAAUAUAUGAUACACGGCUCCAAAUUUUGGUAUCUCUGAAUAAGCACCAAAUAAUAGUCACAGCUGAAUGUGUGCUUUGACAAAAUAAUGUUGCACUCAUUUAGGCUCCUCGCAUAUGUUCUUUUACUUAUUUAUUUUUCUCAGGGAAGGGAAGAAAAAGUAAUAUGGAAAUUGCUUUUGGCAAACGCCUAAAUGCUGGCUUUGUAACUUGGUUUCAAAAGCAGAAAAGAAGUUGCAACAACAAAUUUAACAAUCUAAAAACUUGGUCAUGUUCAUCUUUUAUGGGACCAUAGGAAGAGGUCAUAAGAGCCAGAAAAAGAAUAAAUAAAAAGAUGAAAUGGAUAUUAGCAAGGUGAAAGAUUAUUUAAAUCUGGACAUCUUGGCCCCCAUGUGGGAGCCUUGUUCAAAGUGAAGUUCAAGAAAGAUGAGCGUGAGGUUAGGUGGCUAUUCAAAAUGCCAGUUCCAAAAAUGCUGCCAAAGUUAAAAUUAAUAGAAAUAAUAUAGUUCUAAACAUGGCUAACUUAAAUUAUUAGGGGUGUUAUCUCACGUCUUAUCACUGUUAUCACUGAGGUUUACAUGUUUCUAGCUUUUUGGCACAUUUUAUGAUGUAGCAACUAACAGGAUGACAAUGAUAAUGACUAACACCAUGGCAUUGGUGGCAGCAGAUGCCAUGCUGUGGAUAGCUUGCAUUCAUGUAAGCAAUACAGACUGCCAAUCGAAUAUACAAGUACAGCACAUUUUGCAGAUGUAACACAUGGGAAUAUACAAACUAGAAGCACUUUUAAAGAAUUCUACUCCAUUUUCGUUUUACAAUAAUAAAAGUAAGCAACAAACAUAUUCUAUUUGUGGUUGUUACAAUACAUGCACUCGACAUAUUCCAAUAAUUCAAUCUUGAUUGAGCCAUAAAAUGGGGUCUGAUUAUCCGUGGUGGAAUGGUGGAGUAUGAAAACUGAGAAAGCUCGGAAUUACUCCAGCUAUACAUCUUUUCUAUUUCUUUUUUUUUUUUUCAAAGUACAUAUGGCUUUGGGCAGUGAGGCCUAAGUUUCAUUUACUGCUUUAUCACUGUGACUUUGCAUCCUGGUUGCCAUCAAAUCAGCACUAAUUUUUCAAGGGAAAGGUGGCUGUGAAUGGGCAAAAAAUUUUAAGAGCCCCUCAUCAAGGUCCCAUUUCAAAUUUUAGUUAUAUGCUGAAAGUUCUUAAAGCCUCUCUAGGGAUUGCUCUGCCAAAAGUAUUAGAAGAAGACAUAGAUGAAAUUGAACACCCUGUUACCAUACCUCUAGGAAGCAAGCGUCACUGUCAACACAGGCACCCUCUCCCUCCGCCUUGAGUAGCAUCCGCAGGCGACACUCGUUCCCCGCCUUCCCCGAUAGCGGUGCCGAAACACUUCGUCGGGCUAAUGUGUGGCAAGCCCCGCCUCCCAUCUUUUUCUUCUCUUCCUUUCUUGCUGUGUGGCCCAUUUCCAGUGGCAGCAUUGCGCAUUCCACAUUGAACGAUUGACCAAAGUAAUCUAUCAUGGUGAAAGACGUUGCUAGGACAGCAUUUACGUCGCAGCAUUUGUAUGUGUUACCUCGACUUCCUGGCUGGGAGCUUUCUCAAGACAUGCAGCAUUUCGUUUAAAAUUUCCGCAGUUCUUGUGGCACACAGCGCUGUAUUACUUUGCAGACCCGACCCGUGUGUGAAAUAUAUGCUGAGCUUGUCUGUUUAAAAUGGCCAAACCUGGUGAGGAGCCCUUUAAAGGCAGCUGAUAUAAAGAGCACGUAUGAGUAUUUCUUAAGAAAAAUGCAGACUACAUUGUAGAUAUGCCUUUGAUGCUGGCUUUGUGUGAAUCAAGGUCUUGUUUUCCGCAUGAAUGUUGUUGUACAAUAUAUUACAUUGCUCGGCAUGUCACAAGUGCUACAAAAUAUGGCAUGCAUCCAUUACACCGAUGGAGCUGAGAUAUGUAUUCAUGGAGUGCCGUAUGUGCAUAUACUGCAAUUCUGGAUUUGUUCUCAAGGAAGGUAUGCAAUCUAUGCUGUAAUUAUUGAACAUGAUCAUUACAAGGUUUGUGCAAUGGUAUGCAGUUUCAUUCAAUCUUUACACAACAAUGGUACUACAUAUACAUUGAUAUUGCUACUGUUUAUUGCGAUAAUCCUGAGUAACCGCAACACAUCUUCUGAUUGGUGUACAAGCUUCUGUGCUCAUGCAGUAUGAACUUUUUUUGGAUGGUCCCAGAACCAUGAAAUAAUUGCCCAAUUUGUUUCAUUAUCCACUUUCUUGAAACUAAUGUCUUCCAGUCCGUGGAGUGGCAAGAGGAAAACCACGUACAGAAAGUAAGCUGGGUGCAGCAGUUGCACAUUUUCUGGUCCUUGUUACAGCUGGUAAUUAGAAAACAUGGGAAAUAUUCUUGCUGAUCACCUUUUCUUUGUAUUGUUAAAUCACUAACUUCAUUCUAGUACACUGUGAUGUGGGACAUAAAAGAUUUGUUGCACUUUUAAAAGGUAAAUGCAUAUCUAUUGAUAGGAUUGGUUUGUGUUAUUGUAAUCUAUGUCAGACCGAAAGUAGUAAAUGGGACCAAAUAUAGAUAUGCUUACAGAAAAUGUUCUCAUUGUGAGCACCUUGAAUAGCUCACUUUUUUAUGUUUUCCAUAAACUUUUAAUAGAUAGCCCUCUCCAUAUAGUAGUCCUGUCGAUGUACAAAGCUACAACAGCAAAAAAAAAAAAAUGCUGCUUCUGUGCACUUGGGCAUGCACGGGCUUGGCAAAAUUUUGCAGGCACAUUACUGUGGGCACUAAAAAAUCAUAGAUAGGUUUAGUAGCUUUUGGCUUUGUGUGCUUUGGUCAUUAGGAAAUACACAGUGCAUUUUGAACAUAGUGUAAAAACGUGCAUUUGGUAGACCGAGGGUAGCCUGCAAGGCCAUAGGGCACAUCAAAGUGUGCAGAGAUUGGGGGAAGAGAGGGUGUUAGGGAAGGCUCCCACGCAUGCUCAGUACUGCCAGCUGGCAUUUCUCCUCAGAAAGGGGGGUGGGGUAGGGGUUGGGCCCGCAGGGCCCAGCCCCCUCUAUAUCCCUUAGUCAUUGGUUGGUAACCUAGUGAGACUAUACAGUUCAGUUCGCACUGUGUAGUUGGCCAUAAAGUCAAGUCCACAUCCCAGGCAAUAAUCACAUCGCCAGAUAAUUUUGCUGUUUUUCCACAAUAAAAACAAUAAUGUGACUGCAGCCUUACUUUCAGCAGUGCUCUCAUGAAUCAUUUGAUUUAAUGUUAGUCCUUCAUAGGCAUGAAAGGUAGUUUGUGCACCUUCUGCUGUGACAUUUUAAUCUCACGUAUGUCCACUUUGCUCUUUACUUCACAUGAGCAACUGUGUUUUCCGCAGAAAAUGCCAGAGAAAAUGUGUUAUUCAUGUAGCAUUUCUACCCUGCGUGGUGUCAGGAGAUGCAGAGGUUGGCAGCUGGUGUGGCUGUAACCCAACAGUUGUCAUGAAAACUCAUGCAUAAGCUUUGCGAAAUGUGUUGCUGUUCUUUGUUUCAUAUUGUAAUCCAAGUAGUCUUCCACAGUGCAGUGUAAUUUUCUAUCUGUUGCAUUUUUAAAAUCUCUGGCGACUUACCUAGUGUGUUGAUACAUCGAGAGUUGGCAAUAAAUAUGUUUUUGCUGCAAUCUAA